AUGGAAUCACUGAGCAAAGUGCAGAAGCGGAUCGCGAAGAAAAAGCAGGUUUAUAAGCCUAUUCUGGAGAACCCGUACACGAAUGAGGGCGAGAUGUGGCCGCGGGUGAGCGAUCAGGCGCUGGUGGUGGAGCUGCUUAACAAUUAUGUGUUGCGGCCUUUGAAGCACGCAGCCGAGAUGGAGGGGUCUCAGUGCCCGGUGGAGGUGGUUGCGGGCUUCAAUCCAGUCAUGGAGUGCCUCGUGGCAGACGGGCCAGACGGGACAGACGCAGCACGUGAUAUGCUCUUAUUCGUGUGCAAUAAGGACGGGACGCCAAGCGUGUUGCUGUCUCAGAUCCCAAUUGCGGCAUAUAUGGCUCGCGGGAAUGUUACGGUGGUGCAGUUGCCGAAGGGCACUCUCAGCAAAUUUGACGAGUGUUUGGUAGGAACUGUCCACGAUGGACUGCUACUGGUGCCGGUUAUAAAAGCCCUGGAUCCGAGCUUUGUGUCCAACGUGAAAAAGUGUGUACAAGACAGGAAACUGCAAUGGCUGGACCCUUUGAAGUACAGGCCGGCGUCUACUAAGCUGCUUGCUACCACGAGGCCGCUUAGUAAGUGA